AUGAAACAGCAAGCACGGCGCUAUGUUUACUGGCCAAAUAUUGACAAGGACAUUGAGCAUCUUGUGAAAGGAUGUGAAAAUUGUGCACUAACACGGUCAAAUCCGCCCAAAGCUCCCAAUCACCCGUGGGAAAUCCCAAAAGAGAACUGGGAAAGAAUACACAUUGACUACGCAGGACCGUUUCAAGGCUUCAACUUCCUCGUGUGUAUUGAUGCUAGAUCAAAAUGGGCGGAGAUAAAAGUAAUCAAAGAUGCACCAUCCAGCUCCAAUACCAUAAAUCUGCUUGAACAGAUUUUUGCAACACACGGCUACCCGAAUGUUAUGGUAUCUGACAACGCCUCAAUUUUUCAAAGUGAUACAUUCCAAGCUUAUUGCAAAUUGCACGGCAUUUUCCAGAAAUUCAUAUCUCCAGGACAUCCAGCAACAAACGGCUUAGCAGAACGCUCUGUUCAAACAUUGAAGAACCGCCUGAAGUCCACAGCUUCGGAAAACAUACCAAUGGCAAUAAAGGUCCAGAAGAUCUUAAUGCGGUACCGGGCAACUCCUCUAGCAUGUGGCAAAUCACCGGCUGAACUUUACCUCCACAGGAAGUUAAGAAUACGAAUGGAUGCCAUUUUUCCCAACGUACAAAAAGCUUCAACUAGAAAUGCUCCAUCUGCACGUUCAUUCAACGAGGGGGAGAGAGUUCAGGUUCGUCUCUUCAUAAACAACAAGAACGUUUGGGAGUUUGGAGAAGUAAACAAAAAGUUGGGAACUCGACACUAUCUAGUUUCCCUUGACAAGUCAGGCCGACUUGUUAAACGACACAUUGAUCAAUUGCGGUCUACUUUGAUACCAAAACCAAAAAUUGUUACCACGGGACCAAUCCACAUAUUUGAUGUUCCACGGGCUUCUAAACACAGCACAAAAGAAAAUUCUAAGGCUGUUACUUGUUCUAAUCCUGAAAGACUGUCAAUUCCUGAAAGACCAUCAACUCCCUUAAGACCAUCAACUCCUGAAAGACCAUCAACUUCCGUAAGACCAUCAACUUCCGAAGGACCGUCAAUUUCCGAAAGACCACCAACUCCCAAAGCAAACAAUGCAGAGGUUCCAGUAGUUCAGGGAACAGAAACGAACAAUAGCCAUAUUCCUGAGAAUCAAGAAAGAUCAAGGCGACAAAGGCAAAUGCCGGGCCGAUACAAGGACUUUGUGCUUUCAUAA